CAUGGAGUGGGGAGAAAAUGUGUUUUGUCUAUAACAGAGAGUGAGUUGGGAGGAAAAAAAACAGACACAUCUGGCUCAUCUGAUCUUGACAUGUAUUUAUUCACAAUGGUAAAAUGAGACAUACCUCAUCGAUCAAUGGGAGGCUUUUAAAAUGAUGGCAAUGGCAGAAACUGAAAAGCUGAACAAUGAAAGUGGGCGACACUCUCGUAGACGUGACCGUGAUGACAUCCCAUCCCCUAACGUGGCGACGCGGCCCACCAAACACCUGGAGUUCAACCAGGCCAUGUCCGACUUCAAGUUCAUGUUUCCCAACAUGGAGGAAGACGUCAUUGAGGCCGUGCUGCGAGCCAACAACGGAAUAGUGGACGCAACCAUCGACCAGCUGCUGACAAUGAAUGUGGACUCCGAGGAAAUUCCACCAGACCUACAGUGGAUUGCAAACAUUGAGGAUGUGGACAAAGCUCCAAACGUUGAAAAAGACUGCUCACUGCAUCCAAUCGAAGACUCCCCUCCACCGUAUUCUGAGGCUAUUCAGUCCCCACAGCUCUUGAUGGGUGCUGGGGCGUGCGUCCAGAAGACGAGCCCUAGGUCCAGUCCGCUGGAGCCGGCGGCCAGUCAUUUGCUGGACAUGGGCAUUGACGAGUUGGCCUUGUCAAACACCGAACCAAAGACUCCCGUCUCCCCCUGGAGCAGUCCGAUAUCCUCGUUCAGGCGCUAUCCACACAGUGUACACACCAUGUCCACCAAAAAACCUUUGUACAGAAACUGGAAUCCACCUGUGCUUGGCACGUUACCAGAUGACUUUCUGAGAUUAUCUCCCACAUCUAAUCCUGUGAAACGAACACCAUCUGUGGGAUCUUAUGAAAAGAGUCACCACCGGAAAUCUUCAUCAAAAUCUUUGAUUAUAUCGACACAUGACUUCAGUACGGACAUGCUGCAGGAGAAGAUGAAGGAAAACGAACGUCGCCGCAAACUGGCGUCGGGGGACAUCGACCCGGAGUUGACCCAGUUUCUCGAAGACGAAAGACUGGCGAUUAUGUUUCAGAACAGUGAAUUUUUACAGGAACUACGAGACGAUGAGGACUUCAUGAACACACUAGAACGAGAUCGGAUGAGUACAUCAGCUUUUGAACCAAAGACACCCUCAACUCCAGAGAAAGAAGCCAUGAACGAGGGCUAUGGGACAGACCGGCAGGAUACCCUGGAAGCGUUUCCCUUCAGUCAACAGUUACCGAAAUCUGAAGACGAAGAUGCUGAACUUAGGAGGAAACUUCGACACAUGGGCAAAGCUUCAAGAAAACAAUUUGCUGCCCUCGCAAGAAGAUUUUUCUCUCGUAAGAAAAAGAAGUCGUCAAAACACAUUUUGAAGGAGAAGCUGGCGCCUUCCAUGAUGAAUUUGCUGGAUGCGGAGACAUUUGAAUACCAAGAUGAGAUGCCGAGUGAUGAACACAUGAACAGCAGAUCAGACGAUUCAGUGCCAGUGUCGGUGAGCACCACAGCAAGUUACCGCACGGUUCAAUGACAUCCAGAGAAGCCCGGAACGGCAGUAAACACAGACAUAUUUAGUUUUAUGUAUGGCUUUAUAAUAUAUAAACUAGUAGCAAACAUCUAUGCAUUUACAAGCACUCCCCAGACAGCAGACAUGCUUACAUACACUUACUCCACAUAUGCAACCAGGGAACAUUUUGUUCAGUAUCACAUCGCGUUUCACUACGCAAGUUUCAGAGAUUGCUACACUGUUUUAAACAGCAGUUGCUCAUCAGUUUUUAGUUGACCAGAAUUGUCGCUAAUUGAAAUAUUGAAAACAAAAUGUUCUCUGGCAGCACUAACUCAUACAGUAACAGUUGUGAACAAUCCAGUGAUGUUUGUAGAUCAUAAUACUCUGUAAUUUCCCGGUUGUUGAGAAUAUGUAACGCAUUGUCGUCUUGUUUUUCACCUGCAAAGAAUUGGAUCAACACACAGAUGUGCACCCGUCUGUGGUGCAAAACUUUAGUCAUCAUCCAUCUUCAUUUGACCAUCAUCAUAGAAACACAAUGUCAUGAAAUUUUAUGCUUGUUCAUGAAAUGAUUGCUACAGCCAUUGUACGCCUAACACUAGGCGAUAUUUUAAUAACCACAUUGUGUUAAUAUAUCGUGGUGUGUCUAGAUACAGAUAGCAAAACUACAGACCACAGCUUAUGUACACUGGGGUUUUAUUUGGAAAUUUCUUGGUUUAAAAUAUGUGGUCAGAUUGUCUUAACAUAACGUUUUAAAACAAAGACUUUUUAAAUUGGAAAUAUUUUAGUUGGAUUGAAUUUGGUAAACAACAGUUGAAAUCGUCCAAACGGUAGUGCAAAUGGGUCAAUAUAAAUUCACCACAGAUGUUUGUAAAACCACACAAAACAUCAACAGCAGUCUAUAUUGGUAUCAGUGACAUAUCUGUAAUAUAGAUUCACCACAGAUGUUUGUAAAACCACACAAAACAUCAACAGCAGUAUAUAUUGGUACCAGUGACAUAUCUGUAAUAUAGAUUCACCUCAGAUGUUUAUAAAACCACACAAAACAUCAACAGCAAAACAUCAACAGCAGUCUAUAUUGGUACCAGUGACAUAUCUGUAAUGUAAAUUCACCACAGAUGUUUGUAAAACCACACAAAACAUCAACAGCAGUCUAUAUUGGUACCAGUGACAUAUCUGUAAUAUAGAUUCACCACAGAUGUUUGUAAAACCACAUAAAACAUCAACAGCAGUAUAUAUUGGUACCAGUGACAUAUCUGUAAUAUAGAUUCACCUCAGAUGUUUAUAAAACCACACAAAACAUCAACAGCAAAACAUCAACAGCAGUCUAUAUUGGUACCAGUGACAUAUCUGUAAUAUAGAUUCACCACAGAUGUUUGUAAAACCACACAAAACAUCAACAGCAGUCUAUAUUGGUACCAGUGACAUAUCUGUAAUAUAGAUUCACCACAGAUGUUUGUAAAACCACACAAAACAUCAACAGCAGUCUAUAUUGGUACCAGUGACAUAUCUGUAAUAUAGAUUCACCUCAGAUGUUUAUAAAACCACACAACACAUCAACAGCAGUAUAUAUUGGUACCAGUGACAUAUCUGUAAUAUAGAUUCACCUCAGAUGUUUGUAAAACCACACAAAACAUCAACAGCUGUAUAUAUUGGUACCAGUGGCAUAUCUGUAAUAUAGAUUCACCUCAGAUGUUUAUAAAACCACACAAAACAUCAACAGCAAAACAUCAACAGCAGUCUAUAUUGGUACCAGUGACAUAUUUGUAAUAUAGAUUCACCACAGAUGUUUGUAAAACCACACAAAACAUCAACAGCAGUCUAUAUUGGUACCAGUGACAUAUCUGUAAUAUAGAUUCACCACAGAUGUUUGUAAAACCACAAAACAUCAACAGCAGUCUAUAUUGGUACCAGUGACAUAUCUGUAAUAUAGAUUCACCACAGAUGUUUGUAAAACCACACGAAACAUCAACAGCAGUCUAUAUUGGUACCAGUGACAUAUCUGUAAUAUAGAUUCACCUCAGAUGUUUAUAAAACCACACAAAACAUCAACAGCAGUAUAUAUUGGUACCAGUGGCUUAUCUGUAAUAUAGUAGACCUCGACAUGAAACAAAUUGAGGGGACUGAUUAAUUGCUUGCCUAAUUUAGAUUAUGGGGAGCCAUUAAAGAUAUUACCAUAGUGAUAAUUUCACAUGCUAAGGGGAUUUAAAUAUAGCUUUCCUUGAACUAGUCUUAUGGGAGUGUUAGGGAACGAGAGUGAUGGCUCCCCUUAAAUGACGAGUUCUGAUAUACAUUCACCACAUAUGUUUGAAAAACCCCCACAAAAUAUCCGAACAGCACUGUUCAGUGAUACCACUGGAUGGUUUCAUGUUGAUCACAGAUGUUUGUACAGCAAAAGAUAAAAGUAAAAGAGGUUUUUUUCCAGGUCAUUAGGUCUCUGGGAUUAUUUUAACAAAAAUAACCUUUCAUUAACUUGGCUGUUGGAGCUGGUACUCUGAAAGGUGAGAGUGGACUAUUUGAUAAUGUUUGUAUACCUGUCAGUGUUAGGCUAGCCUUGACGUCAACCUCGCUCAAUUUUUACAGCAAUAAUGUUGGUUUAAUUGUUUUUGGCAAUAUAAUAUUAAAAUAAUGAAAGGCCUUUGAUUCUAUCAAGUAUAUAGAAUACUGUCCCAUCCUCCAUUAAAAGUGUUUUUGUCAGUAAUUUCUGUUGUCCUUGAUAUAAAGAGAAAAGAAAAAGUGAUUUGGAAAGAACAAAAUCUUCUAUUUUUUAGAUGUGUAAUUUGUAAAACCAUUGAUCACAAUGUAAAGCAAGCAUCAGACCUUGUAGACCGGCUUAGUUGAGAAUGAAGUUAUAUUUUCUUCAUUAGGGCCUAAUUUAUUGUACUAAACUUUAUAUUUCAUCAUUAUUUUGUUAAUCUGUUUCUAUAGUUGGAGUUCAGGGCCCAACAUCGUAAGCCUAGUUUUUCACGUAACCAUAAAUCUACGACUAAACCACAAUUCUUAUUACUGUUAUAGUUCAACAAGUGUAGUUAGAAGAACACAU